CUGUUCGCUCGUCUCUUCGCUGACUCUCAUUCAUUCAUGAUCUGAUCUGAUAACAGACGACACUGAUUCUGCAGACGUCUGUCAGAGCCAGACUGAUCCGAACUGAUGUGGUUCAGUCCCGUCUAACAGCGUGGCAUUUAGACCGGCGUGAUGACGGAGGAGCGCUGUCCUCAGCUGGUGGAUUAUUUCGUGGUGGCGGGUCUGUCGGGCGACUCGUCUCCGCUGGACGAGGAGGGUCAGCAGAGGGGUGUGAGAGCGCUGCAGCCCGUCACUGAUCUGGCCGUGAUCGCCCGUGGCCUCGGGGAAGACGUUCCUGAGGGCUUCACCUGCAUCGAGAAGACCCAAGCAGGCCAUCCGGCGGAGCUGAGCGCAGGCCUGCUCAACAACACACACAUGUUCCUGUGCUACCGCAGAGGACACGACAAACCACCCCUCGUCGAGCUCGGUGUUCUGUACGAGGGCAAGGAUCCGGUCCGGUCGGGAUGGCAGGUGAUCGAGACGACCCCGUACAGUCGUUCUGCGAGCCUGAGCUCCGGCGGUCCCACGAUGCACCGCACUUUCCUGAUGUUCCGCCGAGCGCCGGACUCACAGGCGCUGAACACGCUGGGCAUCACUGAGAUCUCGCUGCUGAUGCCUAGCAAGGGCGAGACGGCGCCGCACACCUACUGCAGAGUGGACAAGAACCUCAACACCGGCAUGUGGGGUCCGGCGCUGUACCUCUGCUACAAGCGUUCAGUGGCUAAAGCGAACGCACUGGUGUACGAGGCAGGUCUGAUCAGGCGCUAUCCUGAGGAGGAUCUGGAGUCGUUUCCGCUGCCGGACUCUGUUCCGGUCUUCUGUCUGCCGAUGGGAGUGACGGUGGAGAGCUGGCCGCUCAACACUAAAUACCAGCUGCCCAUCUUCUCCACGUUUGUCCUGACCAGCGCCUCUGGAGACAAGGUGUACGGCGCUGCGAUCCAGUUCUACGAGGCGUACCCGCGCGAGUCUCUGUCGGAGCGUCAGUGUGUGCGUCUGGGUCUGCUGAGCGUCGUGGACCGGCGGCCCAUCACCAACCGCAGCGUUCAGGUCAAGAAGAGCAUCUGCGUUCUCUCACACUGGCCCUUCUUCAGCGUCUUCCAGAAGUUCCUCACCUUCAUCUACAGAUACUCCAUCUCUGGACCGCAUGUUCUGCCGCUGGAGAAGCACAUCUCGAGCUUCAUGCACAACGUCCCGUUCCCGUCCGCUCAGCGUCCUCGGAUCCUGGUGCAGCUCUCUUCGUAUGAUAAUAUGUUGCUCUGUCAGCCCGUGUCGUCUCCGCUGCCGCUCAGUGGUGCCAGUUUUGUGAAGCUGCUGCAGAAUCUGGGUCCUGAGAACGCGUGUUCGCUGCUGCUGGCGGUUCUGACCGAACACAAGCUGCUGCUGCACUCGCUGCGGCCCGAUGUUCUGACGUCCGUCAGUGAGGCGCUGGUGUCCAUGCCGUUUCCUCUGCGCUGGCACUGCCCGUAUAUCCCGCUGUGUCCGCUGCGGAUGGCAGACGUGUUGUGCGCGCCCAUGCCCUUCAUCGUGGGCGUCCACUCCAGCUACUUCGACCUUUACGAUCCGCCGACUGACGUGGUGUGUGUGGAUCUGGACACCAACACCAUCUUCCAGACUGAUGAUGUCACUUCCUGUCCUCACGCGCUCUCUCUCGGUCCAUCAGUCUAUACUCCGGGUCAGGAGGAGGCCACGCUGGAGUUCCUGCUGACGGACUACGAUCUGAUCUACGGCCGUCAGAAGCAGCUGGAGCUGGAGAUCCAGGAGGCGUUCCUGCGCUUCAUGAGCUGUUUGCUGAGAGGAUACCGAUCCUUCCUGCUGCCCAUCACACAAGCGCCCUCCGACCGAACCACGGACUGCAGCUCGCUCUUCCACCUGCAGGAUCGGAUCAGCUUUAAUGCACCUAUCAAGAUAACAAAAGCUGUGGACGUGGAGAAGCCGGAGGAUGUGCGUCUGAUCGAUCGUGACGAGUGUCACAGCGGUGAGCACACAGUGUUCAUUAUGCCUCCGGAGGAACCGCAGGAAGCCGACGGCUCCGAGUGUCCUGCACACUACAGGUGUGUGAUCAUCAGUCAUGUUCGUCUGUUAUAAACGCUCUCAAACGUCUGAUAUUACUUCCCUUCUCAGCUGACAUCACUGAGGCAGUUCAGGCUUUUGAUUAACCAGUAUUACCAAUAUUAGUUGGGUAAUUAACCAGUUAUUGUUUUAGGUUACUGGAGGUUAUGUCUAAAGUCCUGCAGUGAUGAUGUAGACAAAAUUUCC